AGGAGGCGCAUACAAUGGCCGAGAGGGACGUAGGUUCCACAUUCAUCAUGCCACAUUCACAGCUCUACCGCCCCGACAGGCGCUUCGCCAGUUCCCUCGCACCCGCACCCCUCCCGGCUCACGCCUCGCACGCGCCCCUCGCUCCGGCCUGCCUCCGCCCCCGCCCAUUGCGUCACUUGUCGACGAACUCUGCAUCCGGCAUUGACCACGCAAUCCCUCGCACGCCAGUGCACGCGCAUGCACGCCUACGGCCUUUCGCCCGCCCGCCCACGCCCGCCCGCCCCCGCCCGCCCACGCCGCCAACGCCCGCCAACGCCCGGCUCACGCCCGCCCCGCUCCGCCACCCGCCAACUGCCCGCCACAGCCCGCCACGCCCGCCCACCCGCCCACGCCCGCCCACGCCGCCACGCCCGCGCACGCCCGCCCACCCCGCCCAACGCCCGCUCACGCCCGCCCACCGCCGCCACUGCCCGCCACGCCCGCACCGCCCGGGCCGCCAGCGCCCGCCGCGCGCGCCAACCCGCCCACACCGGCCCCCCACCCGCCCGCCCGUCAAGCCCAAAGUCUACGCCCACCCACGCCCGCCCACCUACCUGCGCCCGCACCCGCCACUCGUGCCCGCCCACGCUCGCCGCACGCCCCUCGCCAAUGUAGUCCCGCCCGCUCACGACGCCCGCCCCCCGCCCCCCUUCCCUGGCGAAUCGUUCUUUGCACGCAGUCUGUGCGAGACGGCGCGGCACGGCCCUCCGCGGGACGCGUAUCGAGCGGUGUUUUCCGGUGCAAGCGCCGCCGCGCGCCGCUCGCACCGCCCGUCAGCCACGCCCCCUUCCCCGCAGCUCCUCCGCCGACGGGUGAAUGGCGAGGGAUCGCGCCGCGCCGCGCCGGCCGCGCCGUUCACGAGCACAAAGCCUCCGCCCCAAGCCGGCGACUUCGCCCCGCGCGCACGCGCGUUUUUACGACGACGCCUCGCGCCGUCCCCCGUCGCGACGGCGCGCGACGCCGAUGCCGUCGCCGACGCCUUCCUGGUGCGCUUACGUCACGGCGCGACGGCACGACGGCACGACCUGGGGAGCGAUUUUGCGCGUUCCCCUGCAGAGCAGAGCGACAGCUUUAAAGGAGAUGGUACGUGA